AUGGAAGAUUCUUACGUAGGUUGCUACCGAAACGUAUAUCCAACUAAGACGAAACCCUCGGUAUACAACGUGCUGGAAUGUGUGGAGUUUUGCAUUGGAGAGACCAGCAACAUGAUUGCAUUGAUCUAUGGUAAAAAAUGUAGUUGCAUUGAUAGAUUGGAUUCAGCAGUGGCUUCCUAUCGCUGCGAUAUUCCAUGUAGCAACAACGACACGUGUGGCGGCGGUAGGGUGUAUUCCGUUUACAAGGGCAAGCCUCGAAUAAUGCACGAUGCUUUCUUCGGCACUGACAACAUUCAGCAGGCUACUGUUGUGAAUAAUUUGCCGCACUUUUAUUACUUAGAAAUGUGCGCACAUAUCUGCUUAGAAUUGAACUUGUCAUUUUUUCAAACUAUGAAAGAUAACAAGUGCACUUGCCUCGAUGCAUAUUCAUACCUCGUUCCUCGCCGGACUAAGACAAUAUUGUGCAGCACGACAUGCAACAGCGACAAGACCGAGAUUUGCGCUUGCCACUUCAAGGGACUAGACACGUUGCCGGUAAUUUUUUCGACUCGAUUUCAGUACGAUUUCCAGAGAGGCAAGUCCAUUUAUUCCCACUGUAAGGAGAAAUUUUCAGAGUCGUUUUUGCCAUGUCCUCCCAGCGGUUGCCAGGACGGUUGGAAAGGUGGGGCAUGCAUCGAAAGAGACUGUUCUCGAAACAACGGAGACUGCGGUCACGAGAUGAAGUGCGUUGAGGUAGUAAUAAACAGUUACGAAUACGUCGAAUGCGUCUGCCCUUACGGCACCGUAAGAAACAAAUGGAAUUUAUGCGAGGUCUAUAGGGAGAACAUAGCAAUUUUGAAACCAUCAAACAUGAGCUCGGUAUUUCAGAGUGCCUAUAACAGAACGAGUUACGGAGCUAAUUAUAUAAACGACAAUGUUUAUGACGGCUUCACUUACUCCAAAAUUGCAGAUAACAAAAAUGGGUGGAUAUCUGUGGACCUUACAAUGCUUUACAGCGUAGGAUUUGUAAGAGUUUAUAAUAAAAUUUGUGAAUCUGAAGCAGAAUGUAGAGCUCUGGAAAAAUUCAUAAUUAGACUCAACAAAUCAUUCGAACCGUUCAAAGGCGAUUUUAGUAGUUUCCUCGACACAUGCGGACACGGGCCCAGCCAAGUAUUGCAGGGCGGAAAUCCCAUGGUUGUCAUCUGCGAGAACUUCGCUCUUCGAUCAAGAUACGUCAUCAUUCAACAAUCUGAUACCUCAACGGAUUUUGGAAAGUUGGCAGUGGCCGAAUUAGAGGUCUACGAAGUCGGUUGUGACAUUCUGAACGGGAGAUGCAAGAAGAGUCAAAAAUGCAUGGAUAUCGUUGAACAAUUUACGAAUGUCGUCAGAUGCCGUGAAUGGGAUUCCGUCCGGAACAUUUCCAAACCUUUUUACGGAUGCUUCGAGAAGGUGGAUGCAGAGUACGAGCACGAUGAGUACGGCCUCUCCUAUGAAGCCUGUAAGAAAGUCUGCAAUCUGAACAAAUUCAUCCUAUCUGUUAUGAAAGCUGGCAUUAAAUGCUCUUGCGGCAAUAAUGUGAGGGUGUACGACCAACUCUCGAAAGAACUCUGCCGGUCAGGUGACUUUCAAUCGAAUCUGGUCUUCUACACGUGUUUCACGGACCGCCGCGGCUUCUGUAACGAUGUCUCAAAUGAUUUAGAGACCACCGUGGCCAUCAGUUCCCACACUAACAGCAGCAGAACCGACGUAAAACUCAUCGUCAUCGGAGCAUUAAGUGGGUCAAUUUUUGUGAUGUCCGCUAUUUUUGCGGUGGUUUCUACGAUGAGGAAGAAGAAGAGAGAUGAGGAAGAUGAGAAGAAUAAAAAUGAGGAAAGUGAAACUGAAGACGUGAAAGUGGACGUCAUCUCGAUGGAUACCAUCUCUGUUGAUAAUGUUUCCCAACUAGGCGACUCACAAUACGAUUGA